ACACACACACAGUCACACACAGUCACAGCAGCUACAGGGAGGCAACGAGGGCUACCACCCACCCACCCACCUGCCUGCGGAGUCUCAGCAUCAGUGCAUGGUCCCAGUCACUGCAAAGCACACACACACUCUCACAAGCCCCCACAAGCACAAGUGAAGACCAUGUCCAAGCAUCACAGGACGCCGGCCAGAACUGUGGACAAUGUUGUGGAAGUGAAGAGCAAGUUCGACGCCGAAUACAGAAGGUUUGCUCUCAAACGCACGAGGGUGGGGGGCUUUGAGGAGUUUUACCAGCUGCUCCAGGCUGUGCACCAGAUCCCCUGUGUGGACGUGCUGUUGGGGUACACCGACAUCCACGGCGAUUUGCUCCCCAUCAACAACGACGACAACUACCACAAAGCCGUGUCCUCCGCCAACCCCCUACUCAGGGUUAUCAUCCAGAGGAGAGCUGAGGCGGAUUCCGGAGCAUUUGGAACCAACUCUCUACUGCGUAAGAAGAAAGGGCUUCACGUCCUGCGUCCUGUCCAUCACAAGAAGCCUCACAUCCUGAUCGGAAUGCCUCAGGAUUUCAGGCAGAUUUCCUCCAUCAUCGACGUCGACAUCCUUCCCGAGACCCAUCGGAGAGUACGUCUGCACAAACACGGGUCUGACAAGCCGCUUGGGUUUUAUAUUCGAGACGGGGUGAGCGUGCGAGUGGCUCCUCAGGGGGUAGAGAAGGUUCCGGAUUUUAUCUCCAGGCUUGUCCGGGGUGGCUUGGCGGAGAGCACGGGCCUGCUGGCAGUGAACGACGAAAUCCUGGAGGUGAACGGGAUUGAUGUGGCCGGGAAAUCUCUCGACCAGGUGACCGACAUGAUGGUGGCAAACAGUCACAACUUAAUCAUCACUGUGAAGCCGGCAAAUCAGCGAAACAAUGUCAUCCGCAGCAGCAGGACCUCUGGAAGCUCUGGGGUGUCGACGGAUAGCACCCCGAGCCAGCAGACACUCAUUGCAACGUCGCAGUACAUCAACCACUACAGCACGGCAGAGGGCGAGAGCGAGGACGAGAGCGAUAUCAUCAUCGAGAACGACCUGCCCUCGUACAUUCCCAAAACAGUGUUCCACAACUGCGUGAACGGGGACCUAACCAGGAAACUGCAGCAGAACCUCUCGCUAAACAGCUCGCUGCUCGACGGCAAAGACUGCCAACACACGGACUCGUUAAACUCUUUGAACGCGCACAGUGACAGUCCCGGCAAGAUCACGUCAAGCCAAGGAAACAUGCGGGAAGAUGGAACUGUGAUAACACUAUAGGCUUCUCUUCCGUUACUUUUUAUACGGACAGUUUUAUAUUUCUCAGGCAAUCCAUUGCUCAGUGUAAUACAGGUCUUUGUUAAGGAGGUUGUGACGGAGGGGUAAGGCGCCCAGCACAGUGUGGUACAGCUGUGAAUCAAAGUACUUUAUAAAAUCAUCAAUUUUUUUUAAAAAAAAUUAACCCUUCA